AUGGCUGUGCACUCAACAGAGACGUCUGCCUUUGAGGCUCUGCCGGACGAACUAGUCCUGCAAAUCAUUCGCUACCUCGAACCAUACGAACUAGCCAAGCUGCAGCAAGCCUCCCGGUCUCUGCAGCAAAUCUGCCUCGACGACGAUUUAUGGAAGACGCUCUGCUUUGACGAGUCAGCAUGGCGCCAACAGUUGGCGAAUCGUCGCGUGGCGGCGGCGAGGGCCUAUGCGCCCGACGAGGAUGCGCAUGUAGACGACGAGGAUGAGCCCGCCAACGGGCUUCCGACGGGUGCACAACGCCAACAGACGCAGCGAGCCCAGCGCUUGCAGGAUAUGGCGAACUGGGAUCCUUCCUACCCUGGCGAAAAGCUGUCCUGGUACAAUGAAUACAUACAACGAGAGGGUCCGGCGAGUGUCAACUGGCUCGAGGCACCGCACCUGAGCGAUCGAGGUCUCGAGGCCAUCAUCGAGGCCCGAGGAGUGGCCAUGUACGCGCCGUAUGACGGGUCGGACGGGAUCGGGACAAAGCUGGCAGUCGCGCCUCUGGACGAUGGCUCGAUGUGCCUGUGGGACAUCAACGGGACUCGAGGGCGGAAAGGGGCGAUUCUGGCAAGGGGUGCGCCGGAGAUGCUCUACUCAGAGUCGACUGCGGGUCAAUGCGGACGAGCUCGGGCUGAAAAGAUCGACUCGAGCAUUGCGGAUAGGGUUGUGGUCGAUAACACGCAUCAUAAGGCGUACAUUGCGAUACAGAAUAACCUAAUCGAGGUGGAUCUGAACCGGUUGCAAGUCGUGAGCCGCAGUAAGUUUGAGUUCUCCAUCAACACAAUGUCGGCGGUGCAUCCGAACAAGCCUCUGGUCGUCGGGACGUCCCUGGGCGUGCAUCUACACGAUUUCCGCGCACCAGGUCCGGGAUCGGGGAUAUUUGACCCGAAUCCAUUACCGCCAUAUGCGUCCCUAUCGCAGCCCACACCGACGAGUGCCAUUUUCAUCCCACGCGGCAAUGUCCUGACCGAUGACGUCUUUGUGUCGGGGCGUUUCAGGAGCAUACUGCACUACGACCUGCGCAAGUUUCCGGUGCUGAGGUCGAACUGGUCUGGUGCAAGCAUCAAUAGUCUGGCAGCCCUGCCCUACCACUUCUCAGCCCUGCACCAUGAAGUUAGGCGAGGCGCUGAGGCGAGCAGCGAGGUGGUGGCCGGCAUGAAGGAACAGGAGGGAAGCACGCUGAUCGCGGGCGGCGGAUACCAGAACAAGGGCAGUCUGGAGAUAUAUGGCAUGUCGCCCGGGGUGCCAGGCUCCGACAGCGGCGCGACUUUGCAACAGAAUUCGACAGUGAAGAAUCGCUACACCGCGGCGUCGGCGCCCAUCCUCUCGGUUGCGACGCAGGGGACGAGGAUCGUCUUCUCUGACGGGUCAGGGCUGCUCAAGUGGUUCGAGAGAGACGGUACGACUGAGUGCCGCCGCUUGCGCAUCGGACACAGCGAGACGGAAGGCAAGGGCACGCUGUUCGCUGCCGAGCCUCAGCUAGACGAUGUGGCCCGAAAGAUCAUCUCCACGAGAACAGAGGGUGGCAAGUCACUACCAAACGACGACAACAUACUAUUCUGGACCGGUGAAAGACUGGGCUUGGUCAGCUUCACGUCCAGCCCGCUGUACACCGAGCGAGACUUUCUUCCAGAAAGUGCCACCGAGAGCGACGAGGCUGAUCACGCAUUUAGAGAGAAGAUGGGCGAGGCACUUCGGCGAGACGCCAACGACGCUCGGUUCAUGAGUGCCCUCGGCUUGGGUAGUGCUGAAUCGUUUGGGAUGUGGUGA